AUGGAAAGACAACAGGUGAUCGAUUGCUUUCGAAAAUUACUUCCGGAAGAGGAGGAAUACAAUGACAGGCUCUUAAGCUUAGCGGAAUCAUUUCUAGCGUGGUCGAGAUCCAAAGUUGUAUUGAAAGCAACAGAAGAGGCCUGUAGACCGUACAUGGCAGCACAUUUAGCAUGUGAAAUUAUGAAAGGAAGACUCGAUUUAGAAGUCCAUGUUAGUGCGACACCGAUUCCUAAAAAGAAAUACGAAAAGCAGUUUACGUAUUUUCAAGAGGAACUACGUCCGUUGACAAAAGACUUAUAUGCUGAAUACGAUAUUAUGAACGACGUUCCGUUUUUAUGUACAAGGAUGGGCAGUCUUUCAGCCAUUCUUUACGUGAAGGAAUUGGUGAAAACAACAUUGGUGGAAAACAUGAGAAUAGAACAUAUGAAGGGAAUCUUAAUAGCAGCAUUUUUGAUUGUUUCUGCUAGAAUGAGUGGAAGAGACGAGUUGCGUGUCAACCACGCUGAAAGGAAAGCGGCUCAAGCGAUUCUACAGGAUACAAAUUCUAUAUCACAAAUUCAGUAUUGGAUGCAGUUAUUGUCUGAGUCGCUAGUCUUUCAUCAGAUGCCCUUAAAUGCUAUGGAAGGCUAUGAAGUUCAAAAGCAACGGACAAAGCCAUGGAGUGGAAUUGCCAGUAUGGUUCAAAUCAAUUAUGAAAAGAGACUAAAAAGCUACCCAUCGUGGAAAGCAAGUAUUUACGAACAACUGGAGCAAUUGAACCAGCCAACUAUUGAAAAAUAA